UAGUUCUUCGCGCUCGGUUUCACGCUUUCCUCUUCUUCAUUGUAACAACUUCAUAACGACUGCUCAUGAUGUACUUCACCUCGACGCUCCGGUCCAUUGCUCUUGCUACGCUCGCCAUUUCUCUCCUCGUUGCCUACAGGUUUAUUCAGCGCCGACGAAGGAAUCCCUUAUGCCUCCCUUACCCGCCUGGUCCGAAGCCUUUGCCACUGCUCGGAAAUAUAUUCAACCUUCCGAGUGAAUACAUCUACAAGGUGUUCACAGACUGGGGUCGCGAACUCGACUCUGAUAUUAUCCACAUCGAAGUCCUCGGAACACAUGUUAUCGUACUCAACUCGAAAGAGGCUGCAGAUGACCUUCUCGACAAGCGUUCCGCGAUCUAUUCUGACCGACCCCGCAUGCCUAUGAUGAAUGAGCUCAUGGGGUUCUACUGGUCCCUAGGCUUUACGCCGUACAACAACUGGUGGAAACACUCCAGGAAACUGUUCCACCACCACUUCCAACCUUCAGCCUUGGUCCGGUUCCGACCCAAACAGCUCAAGGCCGCACACGACUUCCUGCGACGCCUUGCGGACACACCUGACGAUUUCCGGGAUCAUGUUCGGCUUAUGGCAGGUUCGGUGAUUAUGGAUAUCUCCUACGGGCUAGACAUCAGGACGCACAACGAUCCGUAUCUUGAAAGGGCUCAAGGGGCGCUCGAUAUCAUCGACAAGGCCGGCAAUCCUGGUUCAUGGCUCGUCGACCUGAUUCCAGCCUUGAAGCACGUCCCCGAAUGGAUCCCUGGCGCAGGCUUCAAGCGUAAAGCCCGUGAAUGGCGUGCCUUCGUCGACCAUUACUGCUCUGCCCCCUUCGACUUUGUCAAAGACUCGAUGAACAACGGCACUGCUGUCCCUUCGUUCACCUCCAUUGCAUUGAGGGACAUCAAGGGUGAACAGAAUAAGGCCUAUCAGGAGGAGAUGAUCAAGAGCAUUGGAGCGACAAUCUAUACCGCUGGCGCGGACACCACAAUGUCCGUCCUGGCGACCUUCUUUCUGGCCAUGACAAUGUACCCCGACAUCCAGAAGAAGGCCCAGGCCGAAAUUGAUUCCGUCAUUGGCCAUCGUCUCCCUGAUUUCUCGGACGAACCUCAUCUGCCCUACUGCUCUGCUCUCAUGAAAGAAGUCCUGCGCUGGCACCAAGUCGCUCCGUUCGCCAUUCCUCACCGUGUCAUGACCGAUGACUUUUACAAGGGAUAUUUCAUCCCGAAAGACUCCAUCGUCAUCGGAAAUGCCUGGUCUAUCCUCCACGACCCCGAGCUCUAUCCUGACCCCUUCACCUUCGAUCCCCACCACUUCCUCUCCAACGACCCUGACUAUCCCAUCGACGCCAAAGCCCUCGCAGCCGUAGAUCAUGCGUUUGGGUUCGGUAGACGUAUGUGUCCCGGACGAUGGAUGGCUAUGAGCUUCGCGUGGAUCACGAUGGUCAGUGUGUUAGCGAGCUUUGAGGUGGGGAAGAAGGUCGAUAAGGAGACGGGAGAGGUGAAGGAGCCCAAGGGGGAGUUCUCGAGUGGCAUUAUGGGUACCCCGAUGCCUUUCGAGUGCAGUAUCAAGCCGAGGUCUAAGGACACCGAAAUGCUCAUCAGAGCCACUGGCUAAGCUUUCGUUUCCUGCCAUGAGUCCUCGUUGCCGACCUGACCUUCAACCACGUAUUUCCUUCCUGUCUAUAUCUUCCAUACUCCACAACCCAUCCAUUCUCCCGCCUUCCUGUACUCAUAACUGGUUGAAGGCCUAUAUGACGAACGACGACCACGAUUCCGAACACCGUACUUGAUGAUAAUGACAACUUAUGCAAACCACACUUCUUGUCCAUCUUCUUCUCCCCCUUUUUUGUACCUCUUGUCAAUUCACGAAUUCCUUGUACUUCUUCUGUCCACCAAAGCUUCAUUUAUCCGUAGGUCUUAUUCAUCGUGUCAAAUCCUUACUUUUCCUUCGUGUGGAUGUGUACAUACUGUACAUGUUAUGACUUGUAAACGUGCUUACCUCCACCGGUACCCAGAUCCCGC